CUCCUUGUGGUUCGAAAAGUAUUUGAGCUGUACCUGGCUCCCAGGUUGCAGCUUCCAAAUCCGAUCGUGCCUUCGCUCUCGCUAUGUCGACUAACACUAAAACCGCACCAACAUCGGCAACCAUGGCGACAUCCGAACCUACAAGCCUACCUAUCGAGAAUGGUCUUAUGCCGACGAAGUCAAAAACGGAGUCAGGGAACGCAGAGAUGCACUAUGUAUCCGGUUUCAGACUGUUUAUGGUCGUUGCCAGCAUCUCCCUCAUUACGUUCCUUCUGCUGCUCGACCAGAGUAUCCUCAGUACCGCAAUCCCGCACAUUACGAGCCAAUUUCAUUCGCUUCCUGAUGUAGGGUGGUAUAGUGGAGCGUAUCAACUGGCUGCUGCGGCCCUGCAGCCUCUCAGCGGCAAAAUCUACACCUAUGUGAAGAUCAAGCACGUGUUUCUGGCGCAUUUCUUUGUUUUCGAGCUCGGUUCCCUCAUUUGCGCGGUAGCAAACAGCUCAUCGAUGCUCAUCGGCGGACGUGCACUCGCUGGGUUGGGAGCCGCGGGACUGAUGAACGGCGGGUUGAAUAUCCUAACCAAUUCUACGCCACUGGAGAAGCGUCCAUUAUAUACCGGAAUCAUGAUCGGGAUUGGCCAAAUGGGUCUGGUCUCUGGCCCACUGAUUGGAGGUGCCUUGACUGAGCAUGCAACAUGGAGAUGGUGCUUUUACAUGAACCUUCCUAUAGGAGCCGUCACCGCUGCAAUGCUAGCACUCAUCCACAUACCCGAGCCAAACCCCAAAGCGCCUUACUCUAUCGCUCUCUUCAAAGACCUUGUUCUCCACAAGCUCGAUCUUCCUGGUUUCGCCUUGUUCGCGCCAGCCUGCAUAAUGCUACUCCUAGCUCUCCAGUUCGGCGGCGAAGGCUCACACAGUUGGGACAGUGCUACCAUCAUCGGCCUCUUCGUCGGUGCCGGCGUCAUGGCCAUCAUGUUCAUUGUAUGGGAAGCUAGGGUUGGUGACAAGGCAAUGAUCCCGGGAUCGCUAUUCAAGAACAGGAUAGUGCUUGCAUGCAUUGGGCAGACGAUCGGACUGGGCGUCUGCGUCUUUGUGGGAAGCCUGUGGAUUCCGACAUAUUUCCAGAGCGUUAAGGGAGCAGGGCCGACGCAGAGUGGCGUCAACGUGCUACCGCAGAUUCUAAGCCAGCUGCUUUUUGCAGUUGUGUCGGGCGCUGCUGUGUCGAAACUGGGCUUUUACAUGCCAUGGGCGUUGUUCAGUGGCGCAGCCACAGCUAUCGGCAACGGCCUUUUGUCGACACUGAAUCAAAAUACCAGUACAGCCAAAUGGAUCGGAUAUCUGAUAGUCCUUGGUGCAGGCCGCGGGGCAGGGGUGCAAAUGGCUCUUGUAGCCACACAAUCUGCGCUGCCCAUGCGCCUCAUUCCUGUGUCGCUCGCAUUGAUAAUCUUUGUCCAAAAUCUUGCCGGAGCCAUCUUCCUCGUCGUCGCCAACACCAUCUUCACGCAGUCUCUCAUCAAGAAACUCGGCCAGUACGCCCCUAGCGUCUCUCCACAGGCGGCCUUAGAAGCUGGAUCUAGCGCCGAUGCAGUAAGAAAGCUUGUAGAUCCUAGCAAGCCUUGGGAGUUGGACGGCGUGUUGAAUGCGUACAGUGAGAGUCUGAAAACUAUCUGGCUGAUGUUGGUUGCCUUUGCCGGCUUGGCGUUCAUUUGUGCGUUUGGUAUGGGCUGGGUGGAUGUGAGAAAGAAGAAAUCAGGGAAUGAGGAGAAGAAUGGAAGCGAGAACGAGGAAGAGUCGGCAGUGAGGGAGAAGGACGAGCUAGAAGUCAGCCAAACCGCAGCGGAUGAAGGCUACACCGGCCACGACGCCAUGAUCCCCAAGAUUCUCUCUCUCGAAUCUGUGACUGUUGAAUCAAGCAAGGAACACCCGCACAACGCGCGGACAGUGUUCAGCUUCGAGGUCACGGAGGAGCUGUGCAACAUGACGGGGAACCUGCACGGGGGAGCGGUGGCCCUGAUUUUCGAUAUGACGACUAGCACGGCGCUGAUGGCGGCGAGCAGUGAGGGGUUUUGGGAUACUGGACAUGUCAGCAGGACGCUGAACUGCACCUAUCUGCGUCCUGCGCCCGUGGGGACGAAGGUCUUUGUUGAGAACCAGGUCGUGCACAUGGGCAAGCGGUUAGCCCAGACCACGGGGGUCAUGAGGAUAGGGAGUCCGGAUGGGAAGGUAUGUUAUACGUGCGAGCACGGGAAAGCGGCGGUCGGGUCGUUCAGUCUUUGAAGCGAGGAAAUAUUUGUGUAGGCGAGGGAUGGUAGUGGGUAGAAAGCGUAUAGAAGGCCACUGGAUCAAGCUGCGUGUUAGC